UUAGUCUUUGUUUGUUGACUCGCCGGGGGUCAAAUGUAAGCCUAAUUUCGGCCUGAAAUAGGUGAAAAUCGGCUGAAAUGCAACGUGAGAAGACGGAUUCGGCAGAGCAGCUCGGAAUCGCCGGUGAAAAAGUGUGAUGUGCGUUCGUCUCUUAAUCAACGUAGCUGGAGAGUCUGUCGGUGCAAUCGAGUGCUCUUUUGCACGCAGGCAGAAAAAACGUAAUCCUGCUUCCACCGGCGGCGGCAGGAGGAAAAAAUUAAUCUGCUUCAUCUGGAGAGGCGUCUUCUGUGUAUACCUGCGAGAUUUUUGCAGUCUUGCUCUCGCUCGCUCGCAGGCUGCAAUUAGAGGGAAGACGGGACGGGCAGGCCAGGUGUGGGGGCGCGUGCGCCGGUCGACGUGUCGGGCGCGCUCAGUCGCCCUCCGGCCGGCGCCACGACCACACCAGAAGGCAGCAGCAGGGCCACGUGAGCGGCCAUGAGGCAGCAUGACCAGGCCGCGACUCUUGGUGGUGCUGGUGAUGCUGGUGCUGCCCGUGGUCCACCCCCUGCCCCCUGUCAUCAAGAUCGGUGCUAUUUUUACAGAGGACCAAAAGGACAGCAGCACCGAGCUGGCUUUCAAGUACGCCGUCUACAGAAUUAACAAAGACAAGACCCUCUUGCCAAAGACGACCUUGGUUUACGACAUCCAGUACGUGCCCAAAGACGACAGUUUCCACGCCUCCAAAAAAGCUUGUCAGCAAGUGCAUGGGGGCGUGCAGGCCGUGUUCGGGCCUUCGGAGCCCCUGCUGGGCGCGCACAUUCACUCGAUCUGCGACGCACUGGACAUUCCGCACCUCGAGGCCAGGCUGGACCUCGACCCCGAGUUCAAGGAGUUCUCCAUCAACCUGCACCCCGCACAACCCCUUCUCAACGCCGCCUACCAAGACGUGAUGGCCUUUCUCAACUGGACCAGGGUGGCUAUCGUCUACGAGGAGGACUACGGGUUGAUCAAAUUGAGAGAACUGGUGCGAAGCGAGCAAGACGUGGACGUGUACCUUCGACAGGUGACGCCGGACUCGUACCGGCGCGUGCUCAAGGAGAUAAAGGCCAAGGAAAUAUACAACCUGGUCGUCGACACACGGCCCGAGAACAUGCAACACUUUCUCAAAGGCAUUUUGCAACUUCAAAUGAACGACUACAAAUACCACUACCUGUUCACAACAUUUGACAUUGAGACAUUCGAUCUUGAGGACUUCAAGUACAACUUUGUCAACAUGACCGCUUUCCGCAUCGUUGACGCCGAAGACGUCGGUGUGCGUGAAAUUCUGCGCGACAUGGAGCGUUUCCAGCCGGUCGGGCACAGCAUUUUAAACAAAUCACGUAUCAUCCAGGCCGAGCCUGCCUUAAUGUUCGAUUCAGUUCAUGUGUUCGCGAUCGGCCUGCAAACCCUGGAGCAGAGUCACACCCUACGCAUCUCGAACGUUUCGUGCGAGGACGAACUACCGUGGGAUGGAGGACUCAGUCUUAUCAAUUACAUUAAUUCGGUCGAGUUCAAAGGGCUGAGUGGACCGAUCGAGUUCAAAGAAGGUCGCCGCAUCCAGUUCAAGCUGGACCUGCUGAAGCUCAAGCAGCACGCCUUGGUCAAGGUGGGCGAGUGGUCGCCCACGGGAGGGGUCAACAUCACGGACAGGGGCGCCUUUUUCGACCCCGGCAACAUGAACGUCACCCUUGUGGUCAUCACUAUACUCGAGCACCCGUACGUGAUGAUGCAUUACGAAAAAAACUACACCGGCAACGCCAGAUUUUACGGCUUUUGCGUGGACCUGUUGGAAAGGGUGUCGCGCGAGGUCGGUUUCGACUACAUUUUGGAUUUGGUGCCGGAUCGCAAGUACGGGGCGCAGGACCCUCUCACCGGCGAGUGGAACGGCAUGGUUCUGCAACUCAUGAAACACGAGACGCCUUACGUGAUGAUGCGGCCCCAGUCGAACCUGACCGGCAACGCUAGGUACGAGGGCUUCUGCAUCGACCUGCUGCGAGAGAUCGCGGCCAUGGUCGGCUUCGAGUAUCGCAUUGAACUCGUCCCGGACGGCAAGUACGGGGUUUACGAUUUGGAGAGCGGCGAGUGGAACGGCAUUGUCCGGCAACUCAUGGACAAGAAAGCUGAUCUCGCCGUCGGCUCGAUGACGAUCAACUACGCCCGCGAGAGCGUCAUUGAUUUCACCAAGCCGUUCAUGAAUCUGGGAAUCAGUAUACUUUUCAAGGUUCCGACGGACAAAGAGUCGACGUUUUUCACGUUCAUGAACCCGCUGGGCCUGGACAUCUGGCUGGUGGUGAUGGCCGCGUUCGGCAUGGCCAGCUUCACCCUGUACGCGCUGGCCAGACUCACCCCUUACGAGUGGUGCAACAAGAAGCCGUGGAAAAAACGCGCCCCGCCGCUCGUGAACCAGUUCACGGUUUCCAACAGCGUCUGGUUCAUCACGGGCACCCUCCUGCGGCAGGGUUCAGGCAUCAGCCCCAAGGCGACAAGCACAAGAAUCGUGGGUGGAAUCUGGUGGUUCUUCACUUUGAUCAUCAUUUCGUCUUACACGGCCAACUUGGCCGCCUUCCUCACCGUCGAGAGGAUGAUCACGCCGAUCGAGAACGCCGAAGACCUCGCCGGGCAAACGGAAAUCUCGUACGGCACCCUGGACAGCGGGUCGACCAUGACCUUCUUCAGGGACUCGAUGAUCGAGACGUACAAAAAAAUGUGGCGCUUCAUGGAAAACAAGAAACCGUCGGUUUUCGUUCCGACCUACGAGGAAGGAAUCCGAAGAGUUCUCGAGGGCAACUACGCCUUUCUCAUGGAGUCCACAAUGCUGGACUACACGGUGCAGAGGGACUGCAACCUCACCCAGAUCGGAGGACUUUUGGACUCCAAGGGCUACGGAAUUGCAACACCAAUGGGUUCGCCGUGGCGUGACAAAAUCUCUCUCGCCAUCCUGGAGCUACAGGAAAAGGGCGAGAUUCAAAUGCUGUAUGAUAAAUGGUGGAAAAACCCCGGCGACACCUGCACCCGCAACGACAAGGGCAAAGAGAGCAAGGCGAACGCCCUCGGCGUUCAAAACAUCGGUGGAGUCUUUGUGGUGCUGCUCUGCGGCUUGGCGCUGGCAGUGAUUGUCGCUAUUUUCGAGUUUUGUUGGAACAACAAAAGAAACUCGGAAUACACAAAUCGCUCAGUGACAGCACCGCAUCAGUCUUUGUGCGCCGAGAUGACAGACGAGCUGUGCUUUGCCCUUCGGUGCCGAGGGUCACGUCAGCGACCUGCCCUGAAGAGGCAGUGCUCCAGGUGCAUCCCGAGCAACACUUACGUCCCCGCUGGACUCGACUUGCCACCCCACCCGCCGCCUCCGAACGGCCUCCAGUCUCCGUUGCACAGUUUGUCUGUGACCCCGACAAAGGAGCGCCGACACCACCACGAACACGUCGCAGGAGUCGCCCAUUUGAGGCUGAGCAGAUCUCCGGUUCAUCUCAAUUAUGACAACUGAAUAGGAUUCUGUUUUCAUUAGUGUAAAAUAAUUUUAUUGAUGUGUGAUAAUAACAAAAAUCUCAACAUUUUUCACCAAUUUCUGCUGGUCUCUUGUAUAGUUCAAAUCGGUGGAGAGGAAAUUUUGAGCUGUGUGUCUUUGAAUCUCUCGCAAUAAAAACUUUGUACAGAUCCACUUUUUCCACGCCUCUCAAGAACUGUUGCACAAUAAAUGUACGAAAUAUGUUUCUCUCUCAAACAUUCUAUUAACUAAAAUAUUUAAAAAUACACACAAAAUUCUCCCUAGACAUUUUAUCUGAAAUUUGAAAAGGUUUUAGGUGAUAAAUCAAUGUGUGAAAAUAUUAAAUAAUUAGAUCCUUUAGAAACUGUAGAAUUGAUUAUUUUAUGAGAAAAUUGGUGUAAUAAUAAUAACUUUGGCCUGUUAAUUUACUCAAAUCACUAAUGUCAUGUUUUAACGUUGUAAAAUUUUAGCACUGGCAUGCUAAUUUAAAAUAAUAUAAAUAUAAAAUUAUAUAUUGUCAGUAUAAUUUUAUAAUUUGGAAUUAAUAAGCGAAUAUAAUGAUCUGUUAAAUUUUUAAAAUUUAUCCAAAGUUUCAUACUUUCGCGCAGAUUUCAGACUCAUUUCAUGUGUAAUGAUUGUUAUUUCUUAAGCUGAUUGUGAGGUAAUAGAUCGCAGCUAGCAAUAAUGAAACUCUGCCAUGGAUACAUUAUGUAUUUGUCAAACUGUUUGACUGUAAAAAUUUAUCACCAAAUAAAAUCAAAAAAAGACCAACAUAAAAUUAAGUAAUGU